GCGGCUUGAACUUGCCGUGUGAUAAAUUGAUUAAUUGCUUGUCCGGCUUGAGGCAACGCGUGAAAGGAGCACUAAAGGGCGUAGCGGAGCGGGAGUUGCGGGAAGAUUGGGAAAGGAAGUAUCACCGGCAGCACCCUGUUCUGCUACAUCCCCCCACAGCCUACCCGUAUCAUCCCCCCAUCAACGAGAGUGACUUUCAUCUUUACCAUCAUCAAAUAUUGACUGCCGCGCGGGACACGGCGGGGGCAUGAUUUGCCAAACAACAAAGGGAGUAGAUUCCAAUUCCAGCAAAUCACGAUGAUGAUGAUGAUGACCGCUAGCUAACGCCCGACGGUCGGUACGUUUGCGAUAGUGGGAACAGUACGUAUCGCGGUCUCGGGGUGUGUACACAGACGCGGAUCCGCGUGCCCUCUGAAACAUCAAACCUCCUCUGUGUUGGUGGCACGCGCAAGACGCGGCCGUAUCGACAGCCGAACAGGUGCACACCAGCAACGGGGAGCGGGUGAGAGAAACACUGAAAGGAACACCGCUCUCGGACGACACCGUACGGCGGCAGAACGAAGGAGGCGGCGGAGGAAGCGACCCAAAGGCAACGUCACCAGCCUACUACUGCUGCCCGCGCGGGUUUUAGAAGGUGUCCGCUCUAACGAACCAGUUUUUUUGGCUUGCUGCGUUGAAUCGGCUAGCCGAAAUUUGCCACCCAAACGGACGGCCCCCGACCCGCGACGGUAUUCGGUUUCGGCAUUCAUUCCAACGCGACGGUUAACGGCGAGCGGGUGCGUGUGCUAGCGCGCCGUACUGCAACUGGUGGUGAACUUGAACGGACCGAACGGAGAGAGAGAGAGAAGCACCAAAUAGAGGACAAGAAUUGGAAUUUUGCGUCCAGAAUCCCGAAUAAUAAUAAUAACACGAUGGCAAACAUGAAGGCUGCCCUUGCCAUCGCGCUGGUGUUCGUCGGCUGCUGCAGCAACGUGGUGUUUCUCGAGCUGCUGGUUAAAAUCGAUCCCGGAUCGGGCAAUCUGAUCACCUUCCUGCAGUUCCUGUUCAUCGCGCUCGAAGGAUUCCUGUUCACUUCUAAGUGUGGCACGGUGCGGCCCCGGAUCGGGCUGAAGGACUACACCAUCCUGGUGGUGAUGUUCUUUGUCGCGAGCGUGUGCAACAACUAUGCGUUCGACUUUAACAUUCCCAUGCCGCUGCACAUGAUCUUCCGGGCCGGGUCGCUGAUCGCGAACAUGGUGAUGGGCAUACUGAUCCUGAAGAAGCGGUACGACUUCUCCAAGUAUCUGUCCGUCGGCAUGAUCACGCUCGGCAUCGUGAUCUGCACGAUCGUGUCCGGCACGAAGGUGGAAAGCACCCAGGUGCUGAAGAACGCGGCGGACGAGGACCCGAUGUCGGUGUUCUUCUGGUGGACGCUCGGCAUAGCGCUGCUCACGCUCGCGCUGUUCGUGUCCGCACGGAUGGGCCUGUACCAGGAGGUGCUGUACAAGCGGUACGGCAAGCACCCGAAGGAGGCCCUGUUCUACACCCACCUGCUGCCGCUGCCCUUCUUUGCGCUGCUGGCGGGCAACAUCUGGGAGCACGUGCAGCUGGCCAACGCCAGCCCGCUGCAGGCCAUCCCGGCCCUGGGCGUGUCCCUGCCCAUCACCUGGCUGUAUCUGCUGGGCAACGUACUGACGCAGUACGUGUGCAUCAGCUCCGUGUACGUGCUGACAACCGAAUGCUCCUCGCUGACGGUGACGCUGGUCGUGACGCUGCGCAAGUUCGUGUCGCUGCUGUUUUCGAUCGUGUACUUUAGCAACCCGUUCACCGUGCAGCACUGGAUCGGUACGAUACUGGUGUUCGUUGGUACGAUCAUCUUCACCGAGGUGGUCGGAAAGGUGCGGUCCGCCUUGGCUCCUGCCGAGGAGAAGAAAAAGGUUAAGUAAGGCGAAAACGGUACGCUUAAUGCUCAAAGUGAGAGGCUGAUAAUGGUGCGGGUCAAUGGAAGCAUCAGGAUAAUUAGGGAGAGAGUGAGAGUGAGAAUGGAAAACAAACACAGGUUGCUCUAUAAUUGAAGAAAUAAGGACAAUAUGAUGUCGUGUCGAAGAGUCGGUUUAGAAAUUACUUUUUUUUGUUCGAAUAGCUUAGCUUACCUUUUUACCUUACUGAAGUGUGGAUAUUUUUGAACAACGAUACAAGCACAGGUUAAACAGUUUUUGGUCCUGUUUUUAGAAUGAUACAUGGAAUAUCGCGUACCUCGUGGUGUAGCUUAUAGUUUGGAGGGGUUAAACUCACGUUUCCGAGGCAGCAGUGUCGAAAUCAAUUUGUACGAUUGUAGUAUUGUAUCCUAGCUGUAACAUAUAGCGUCCCAAUGAUGAUGAUGAUGAUUAGCUGUAAAGCGGAAAGGAAAUGAUUCGAAAAUCAAAGCCGUUGAAUCGUGUGUUGAUGUGCGUGCAGUACAAGAAAGCAUAAUUGAUGGCGCACGGUAGAUUGCUAUUUUGGAAUAAAGAGAUGAAUCAUACGA